GAGAAAAUAUUCAUUCUUCAUGGUAUCGGAGCUUUAAUUCUCGGCUUCCGUUUUCUUCCCAAAAACCUUGAUCGGCAGACCACCUCCCCUCUCCUCUCUGCCGAUUUCUUCCCAACCCUGAUUGGCAGUCCCCCCUCCCUUCUCCUCACUGCCGCAGAUCCUCUCCCUACUCACCACCAUGACAGAUUCUUCCACCGUCACCGGCAAGGCUAUCUCGAAAACUGAGAACAACUCUUCCCCCAACUCUCCACAUCUAGCCUUCACAACUAUAUCUAAUAUCAAACUCCAUGUUCCUGUGCAACUCAGUCUGUCCGAGCCAAAUUACAAAAAAUGGAGUCGAUUGUUCCGUCUCUUGAUUCUCCGUUUCAAUCUCAAGGGGUUCAUUGACGGCACCGCCAUCGCCUCCUCCGCGGAUGACGCAGAAUGGUAUCAAUUCGAUGCCUUAAUUCAAGGUUGGAUCUUGUCCACCAUCACGGACGAGGUUUCCGACCUAGUGCUUGCCAACAAUCUCUCCGCCCAUGCUCUAUGGAAGGCAAUUCACAACCUCUUCCACGACAAUAAGCAUGCACGGGCGAUGCAACUGGAGCAUCGUUUCCGCACAACCGUGAAGGGCAACCUCUCCAUCAACGACUAUUGUCGUCUCCUCAAGAAUCUCUCCGAAUAUCUCGAUGAUGUGGAUGCACCGGUCACCGAACAUGCACUCGUACUCCAAGUUCUCCAAGGUCUCCCCCACGACAUCCGGAGUCAAGUACAAUUCUUGCAAUAUCAAAACCCGCUCCCCACGUUCUUGGAAGUUCAGUCGGCGUUACUUCUUGUUGAACAGCAGCAAAACGACUCACUCUAUGGUUCUGGCACGUCACCCACAGCCCUUCUCAGCACUGGAGGUCACGGCAGCCAUGGGGGGAGCGCACAUCGCCACGAUCGGGGCAGCGGCUAUGGCGGUUCUGGGAGCAGCGGCAGCGGCAGUUUUGGCGGCGGACCUGGCGGAGGCUAUGGCGGACGCGGCAGGAACACAAUGAGUCCUUUUCAGUUUCUUUCUGCCUUUUGUAUAGCAGCCUUCUUUCUUGUUCCUGCAUUCGGCUCUACUCUUCUAUUUCAGGGGUUCAAUUGGGAAUCAAACAAGCAGCAAGGCGGAUGGUAUAACUCUUUUAUCAAUCGAGUCCCGGAUUUGGCUAAUGCUGGAAUAACUCAUGUUUGGCUCCCGCCACCCUCCCACUCCGUUUCUACCCAAGGGUAUAUGCCGGGAAGGUUAUACGAUCUGGAUGCAUCCAAGUAUGGAAAUAAACAGCAGCUGCAAGCACUGGUAAAGGCCCUUCGCGACCACAACAUCAAAGCGGUGGCGGACAUCGUGAUCAACCACAGAUGCGCCGACUACAAAGACGACCGGGGAAUCUAUUGCAUAUUCGAAGGCGGCACCGCCGACGGCCGCCUCGACUGGGGCCCGUCCCUCAUCUGCAAGGACGACACCCAGUACUCGGACGGCAACGGCAACCCCGACACCGGCAUGGACUUCGCGGCGGCGCCGGACAUCGACCAUGUCAACGAGAGGGUGCAGAGGGAGCUCUCCGAGUGGAUGAACUGGCUCAAGUCGGAGAUUGGGUUCGACGGGUGGAGGUUCGAUUUCGUUAGGGGAUACGCCGGCUGGAUCACCAAGAUCUACAUGGAGAACACGAAGCCGGAAUUCGCCGUCGGCGAGUUCUGGAACUCUAUGGCAUACGGGUCGGACGGGAAGCUGGAGUACAACCAAGACAAUCACCGGAACGAGCUGUCGCGGUGGGUGAGUGACGCCGGCGGAUCUGUGACGGCCUUUGACUUCACCACCAAAGGAAUUCUUCAGGCUGCCGUGGAAGGAGAGCUGUGGAGGCUGAAGGAUUCAAACGGAAAGCCGCCCGGAUUGAUCGGUGUUCUGCCGGGAAAUGCGGUCACUUUUGUGGAUAACCAUGACACCGGAUCUACUCAGCACCUCUGGCCUUUCCCCGGGGACAAAGUCAUGCAGGGAUAUGCUUACAUCCUCACCCACCCUGGCGUUCCAUCUGUGUUUUAUGAUCACUUCUUCGACUGGGGAUUGAAGGAUCAGAUUUCGAAGCUGAGUUCGGUGAGGAAUAGGAAUGGGAUAACGGAGAAGAGCAGCGUGGAGAUUUUGGCAGCGGAGGGUGACCUUUACGUGGGAAAGGUUGACGAGAAAGUGAUAGUGAAGAUAGGGGGAAGGCUUGAUCUUGGCAACUUAAUCCCGUCUAAUUUCAAAGUCGUUGCUUCCGGACAGGACUAUGCCGUGUGGGAGAAAAAUUAAGUGCUGCAUACUAGUUGGGUGUCCCCUCUCGUGUGAAUGAAUGAAUGCAUGAAUAAUUUCACCGGCCUAAUUAUCUUGUCUACACCAUUUUAUUAUAUAUCUAGCUUGUAGUAAUUUCUUUGAGAAUAAAUACACCAUUUUAGAAUGUAUGAUCGGUAAUAAUAGUUUAGUUAAAUC